AUGCCACUCUUCAAACUUGUCCUUGGGAACGAGUACAAGGACGCGGAUUCGACCACGAAAACCGUCACCGAUGCAUUCGUGUAUCCCUCCGACGUCGACACGCAGUAUCGUCCCACUCAAUGGAGCAGAACGGAACUCUGGCUGGAAUUCAAGAGAGCUGCUUCUUUUUACGGGUUCAAGGAUGACAGCCCUGAUGAAUGGGUAUCUCAGACCGAAUCGUCAAGAGAUUGUCGCGGUCAGCUUGCUGGUUACGCUGCCAAUACGUUGAAUGUGCAACAUCGAAAACACUUGUUCUCGCUUAACCUUGGUCCAGACGGCGUCCGGUUCUUCAAAUGGGAGAGGACAUACACCAUCGUAUCGCGUGCAUUCGAUUUGUCAACAGAAGGCAAAUGCCUCGUCGAAUUUCUCUACCGGUUUUCUACUCUGACGGAUGGCGAUCGAGGCAAAGACGAGACAGUGACGCCGGCCACGGAGGAAGAAAGGUCUAUGGCAGAGCCGUUGUUGCAGUCCUGGAUUCAUCCGGAUGAGAAGGAUCAGCGGGGAUUUGUGAAGAUUCGCGUGCCUGACGGUGCCAGUGAACGGGAGGUCAUUGCUGGUCCCGCUAUUGCUGUGCCACGAAACAUCCCGGGUCGAGCGACGUUGGGUCUCCCAGUGUACGACGUGAAGGAGAACGGUGUCAGAUUCCUGAAGGAUAGCUGGCGUGAUGUCAAUCUGCCUCAAGAAUCCGACAUUCUGCAGACUCUUAAUAAAAAGAAUGUCCGCAAUGUCCCUACUUUCGUCUGUGGUGGCAUUAUUCCCGGCCAGAUAACUACCUCCCAUAUGUAUAUCAAGGAUACUUGGAACUUUGGAGCCCAUCCACCGCUCACCUGUAUUCGUAAGCACCAGCGAACGCUGACGGUCGAGGUUGGGCAGCCUUUGAAGAAGUUUAGGUCCUCGAAGCAACUUACGAGAGUUGUCUAUGAGGCAUUUUUGGCUCAUGAAGAUGCCUUCACAUUGUGCGAAAUUCUUCAUCGUGAUGUUAGUGGGGGGAAUAUUUUGAUCGUAUAUGACAAGGAAACACCGGAAGAUGACCACGAAGGCGGGGGUCGUGGUUUGUUGAACGAUUGGGACAUGGCUAUUCGCAUGGCAGACUUGGACAAACCAGCGCGACAAGUCGAGCGCACGGGCACCUGGCAAUUCAUGUCCAUCGGUCUUCUUAGAAAUAGAAACAAGAAACACGAAGCACAAGACGACUUCGAAUCUUUUAUAUAUGUAAUGCUGCACCAUGGCCUCCGCUACAUGACCCACAGUGCAGUCGGUCACGGUCUGCGGAACAUCAUUUCCUCUAUCUUCGAUAUUGCCAUAGACGUUGGGAAUGGACAAUGGGUCGGGGCCCUCGGAAAGGGAGCUUUAGUGCAUGGCUCGGGACCCCUACCCGAAGAUUUUCACUUCGCUUGUGUUCCUUUCACGAAAUGGAUUGAGGAUGCGCUGGAGGCCAUCAAUGAAUGGGACAUCUUUUCACAAUCAAAACGUUUGUCGACAAAAAAGCAUCGCAGCAAACCAGCCAUGGACUUCGCGACCCUGGUGUUCUGCGAUCACCAACCGCUGAAAUUGAUGUGGCAGAAGAUGCUUGGCAUGGAUGGAUGGCCCCGUAAUGAUCAUGCAAAGUAUCAGCUGGAGCCCAGGGGCAACAAGCGGCCAUCCGAGGACAGUGCCCAGCCUGCACCCAAGAGGCGAAAGUCAGGACGCUUCACAGCUGCGGCUGCCUCAGGUAAUGUGGCAACUCCAGCUUAG